GGCCGCCCGGAGCGCCGUCGCCGCCGCCGCCGCUCGGUCCCGCCUGGCCCGGUCCUGCCUCUGGCCCCCUGGGGCGCCCCGGGCUUGGUCAGCGUCUCCCGUCGAGACUUCCCACCCCCGCCAGGGCACGAGGAAACUGAGGCAGGGCGUCGCCGCUCAAGGUCACAGUCACAGGAGGCAGGGCAGACCACAUUUCAACCGCAUGCCCGAGUUUCCAGAUUGAACUUCUCGCACGUGGCAUGCCUGGAUGUCCCUGCCCUGGCUGUGGCAUGGCGGGCCAGAGGCUCCUCUUCUUCACUGCUCUUGCCCUGGAGCUCCUGGGAGGAGCUGGGGGGUCCCAGCAGGCCCUCCGGAACCGGGGGCCUGCAGCUGCCUGUCGCCUGGACACCAAGGAAAGCGAAUCCUGGGGGGCCCUGCUGAGUGGAGAGAGGCUGGACACCUGGAUCUGCUCCCUCCUGGGCUCACUCAUGGUGGGGCUCAGCGGGGUCUUCCCACUGCUGGUGAUUCCCCUGGAGAUGGGGACUAUGCUGCGCUCAGAAGCUGGGGCCCGCCGCCUGAAGCAGCUGCUCAGCUUUGCCCUGGGGGGACUUUUGGGCAACGUGUUUCUCCACCUGCUGCCCGAGGCGUGGGCCUACACAUGCAGUGCCAGCCCUGUGCUGCCCCCUGCAGGUGGUGAGGGGCAGAGCCUGCAGCAGCAACAACAGCUGGGACUGUGGGUCAUUGCUGGCUUCCUGACCUUUCUGGCCUUGGAGAAGAUGUUCCUGGACAGCAAGGAGAAGGAGGGGGCCAGCCAGGCCCCCAGCAAAGAUCCCGCUGCUGCCGCCGCACUCAGUGGAGGCCACUCUCUGGCCCAGCCGGCUGCAGAGCCCGGUGUGAGUGCCGUGGUCCGGACCAUCAAAGUCAGUGGCUAUCUCAACCUGCUGGCCAACACCAUAGAUAACUUCACUCAUGGGCUGGCUGUUGCUGCCAGCUUCCUUGUGAGCAAGAAGAUCGGGCUCCUGACCACCAUGGCCAUCCUUCUGCAUGAGAUCCCCCAUGAGGUGGGCGACUUUGCCAUCCUGCUCCGGGCCGGCUUUGACCGAUGGAGCGCAGCCAAGUUGCAGCUCUCAACGGCACUGGGGGGCCUGCUGGGCGCCUGCUUCGCCAUCUGUACGCAGUCCCCCAAGGGAAAGAGACCGUGGCCUGGAUCCUGCCCUUCACCUCUGGCGGCUUUCUCUAUAUCGCCCUGGUGAACGUGCUGCCUGACCUCUUGGAGGAAGAUGACCCAUGGCGCUCCCUGCAGCAGGUGCUGCUGCUCUGCACAGGCAUUGUGGUGAUGGUGCUGUUCUCGCUCUUCGUGGAGUGACCGUCCCCGAGGCCCCCCCACAGCAAUAAGAGACUCGGAUUCACUCUGUGACUGUGUGUGAGGCAGAGGGCGAGUGCCUGAGAGCGCACCUCUGACCAGAUGAGAGGACGGCAUGUGUGUGUCCGUGUGUGUGUGCACAUACAGGUGCACGUGUGACCAGAGCUGUGUGUGAGACCGACACUGUGAUCAUGCGCUGGGCCCAGGGCCCGAUGCCCGCGCCUGCCCCCAGCCACACUGUGGUUUUCUCGCCUUGCCACCCUGUGAUCCUGCAUUUCUUCCGUGAACAGAGGAACAGAAGCAUCCCAAGUGGAGGCCUCUCCCGAUCCAGACCACAGUGGGAGGGAGAACAGCCUGAGGAGCCCAGGGCCCCAGGGAGCCCGAGCUGUCUCCCCCUGGGGCCCAGGGGGAGUGUCCCUGGCUCUCCUCAGGCAUGGAGCCCCGGGCAGCCUAAGACUCAGGCCAGGGAGCCUUCUCUGCUGUGUCCAUUACCUGGCCCAACCUUUGCCAGUUCUAAGGCCAAAGAAAGGAGAGGCGGGUGCUCGCGUAGCCCCUGGCCCCACUCAGCACUGACAGCCCUACCCUGCCAGGGGUGGAGCUGGGAGAGGCCUUCCAAGACCUUUUCCUCGUGGCAGCCGGCCCUGGGCCAGCGCCUGCUCCCCUGGUGAAUGCACCCUGGCAGCACCCGCAGCUUUUGCCACCUCCAGCUGCCAAACAGCAGCCUGCAGGGCAGUGAGCAGCCCUGGGCCAGAGAGACCUCCUGGUCCAGCUCAGGGAUGCUCGGGCCAGGACCCCGGGUCCAGGAGAGGUACCCCGGGGGCAGGAAGAGUGGGCCGGGGCUGCCCCUCCCUGCCAAGGCCCCUUUUCCUGUCCCGCUGCGCUGAGGGUAAGUUGGGGGUGGUGAGGGCCCUGCCUUGUCAGCACUCAGGAAUGUGCUCUGGGAGAAUGCUGAAGCCAUAAUCCCCAGCUAUUUCCCUUGGCUGACGCCCAGGUACUCAGCUGGCCCACGCCACAGCCAGGCUCAGCCCUGCUCAACCGUGGAUGUUCUGAGAAGCAGCCAUCAAGAGGGUCUGAAUGGGUUUACAGCAGUUUUGCUGUGGUUCCGUUUCUAUCUGUAAAUACCUAUUCUAUAGAUGAGAUACAAAUAAAUAUUAUAUACAAAU